ACGGAAGAAACAGAAAAGAAAUCUGAUGGAGAAGAAAAUGUAAAUGAAGAAACAGAAAGUGAAGAUGUGAAACCUGAAACGGAAGAAAUUAAAGAUAAAUCUGAUGAAAAGCCUGAAGAAAAAGUCGCUAAAGAAAGUGAUAAAGGCGAUGCGGCGAAGAGCGAAAAUGAUCCGGAAGAGAACCAAACGGAAGGAAAUGCGAAAACUGCAGAAAUUGCGGUUGAAGAGGGAAAUAGUGCCGAUAAGGAAGAAAAUGAUGAAGAUGAGUCCAAUACUUCAGAAGUAGACAACAAUGAAACUGAAACAGAUAAAGAAGAAGUGAAAGACGAGCCAAAUAAAGUAGAAAACAGCGAGAACUCGAAACAUGUUAACAAUGGAACAGAAAGGCAAGCCCCUGAUGCGAGUACAGAUGAAAAGGAUACAAACGAAGAAAAUUUAAACGAAGCUAUAGAAGAUCGAGGAAAGGAAACCAAAGCGGUUGAAGACAGCGAUGUGGAAGAUAAAGGGAAAACGCAUGAAGAAAUAGGAAAUGUAGAUAAUAUUGAAGAAGAGGAAAAUGAGAGUGGAGAAGAUGAAGAUAGUAAAAGUGAAAACGAAAAAGAUAAGAAAGCAGAAAAUUUAGAUCUAGCGAAAGAAGAUGAAAAGGAAGUUGAAACAACAGACACAAUAGAAGCUGAUAAAACUGCAGAAAAGAAAUCGGAAUCUAUCCUUGAUGACGAAAAGGAAACUGAAACGAGCGAAGAAGACCCACAAAAAGAAUAAGUCGAAUGAUUAAUAUGUAUUUACAAUAAUAGAAUUCGUCGAGCGGCAGACUGUUUAGCACAUCGUUAACUUAAUUUAAUGCUUCAUUUCCAUUCACAGUUUCUUCCGAGUACCGCAUCCAAACCCUCACUGCUUAUCCUCGUUCAGCAGCAAAAUGUGUAGAUCCCAACAAGAGGUUGCGGUAUUCUUCUGGAGGAUGUCUUAAUUGAGAG